AUGCCAGUGGCAACGAUAGACUGCUCAAAGAUCACCACCGCAACCAGCCCAAGCACUCUACCGCUAGGCAGCGACAGCGAGAUGCCGAACUUGGUCACGAUGCCGCGCGGAUUAGCAUUGCUCGAGAUCCAAGGUGUGCUCCACCUCCCCUCGGAGCCAGGCACAAGUCCAGACUUUAUAACGGUGGAGCGGAUUUACGACGCUGUCAAAUUUGGCAAGUUGAUAUUUGAUGCUAAGGACGAGAGCAAGGUUACGUUGUUAAUUGGGAAGAGUCAACGGUUGAUUGGCAGUGUCAAGAAGUUGGAUGUUCCUUUGGGUGUUUUACGGAUCCCGGUCAAGAGUGGAGAUGAUGAGGAGGUGGCGGGGGAAGAUAUUCAAAUGGUUGAUGUUAUUCACUCCAAGAUGAUUUUCAACCAGAGACCAUUACUUAUCAUGUAA